AUAAAGGAAAAGCUGAAGCAGUCAAAAGUAUCAGUUUUCCUAUUUUCCUUCGUUCUUAGCAGCUCCAACAUGAAGAUCACAAUCCUCGUCGUUUUCGUCAUGACUGUUGCUGUCCAAGGUUACCAGUCUUACAGAACAUCAGAAUACAACUCACCUAUGCCAUACAGUUUCUCCUGGGAUGUUAACGACUAUGCCUCCAGGAACAAUUACGCUCAUUCCGAGAGCAGUAACGGCAAGGCAGUCACCGGCUCUUAUAGUGUCGCUCUCCCCGACGGCCGCACUCAGUACGUUACUUACAGAGCUGACCACAACGGAUACGUCGCUGAUGUGAAGUACGAAGGAGAGGCCAAAUAUCCUGAAUACAGGCCAACAUCAUCGUAUUCCUUCCCGUCUUACAAAGCUCCUGCUCGAUCCUACUCUGCUCCUGCCUACAGAGCUCCAGCCUAUGCUGCUUAUAGUGCUCCGGCUUACCCGGCACCUGCUGUUCAAGGAAAAAGAGGUUAUGUUGCUGCGCCAGGUUAUAAUACUCAAUCCGCAUCUAUUGCAUACCGAGGCUAAAUAGUAGAUAAAAAAAUCAGUUUCGUAUUGCAACAGAUAACUACGAGACGUCGAUUUUGAUUUAAGUCUAUUGAAUAUACUACGGCCAUAUAGUAUGCCGUUAUAUGUGAUGAUUAAAUGCUUAGGCAAAGAGCUGUAUGAUACUCUUCUAUAUCCAAUUCGAAAUAAAAUUAUCAUAUCUACUAAAACAA